AUGUUCGAGGAAUUGAAGAAGGAGAUGACGAAAGAGUUCAAGAUGACCGAUAUUGGAUUGAUAUCUUACUAUCUUCGAAUUGAAGUGAGGCAAGAAGACUCUGGAAUCUUCAUUACUCAAGAAGGCUAUGCUAAAGAAGUAUUGAAGAAGUUCAAGAUGGAUGACUCGAAUCCAGUAUGCACACCUAUGGAAUGUGGUCUUUUGGAGCAUAUGGGACGUAAGGAGCAAGGAAGGACUUGGUGCAUGGACGCAGCUCAACUGGACACGCAAAGGAAGAAGGAGGAAGCCAUCUUGAAGACCAGCUCGACCACCUACUCGACCACCCGGUCGAGUUCCUCAACUCGACCGGCCAAGUUCAACUCGAUCGAGCUAGGAAGUCAAAGUCAAACCCGAAAAAUGUUGCUUCCCCAUUGA